AUGAACGGCACGGGCGCGGGCAUGGGCGUGAGCGGGGCGGGCGGGGCGCGGGUGGCGGAGUUGCUGGGCGAACUGGCGGCGAUGGAGGCGACGGUGUCGUCGCUGCAGAGCGACGUGAGCGACAGCGUGUACCUCAUCGCCAACAUCUGGCGCAUCACCGGCACCACCUUCGUGCUCCUCAUGCAGUUGGGGUUUUCGCUGCUGGAGGCGGGGCACGUGCGGUUCAAGAACACGCGCAACAUAAUGAUCAAGAACGUGCUCGACACGUGCGUGUCCGCCAUUGCCUUCUGGCUCUUCGGCUACGCCAUCGGCUUCGGUGACGGCACGCGCGUCUUCGGCUGGGCCAACCCGGACGGCUCUGUGGCGUUCGCGGGAGGGCAGAACUACGUGCAGUUCUUCUACGCCUUUGCCUUCUGCGCCACCUCCGCCACCAUCUUCGCCGGGGCUGUGGCCGAGCGCACUCACCUCGCAGCCUACCUGCUCUUCAAUUUCGUGCUGGCGGCUUUGAUCUACCCGGUGAUAGCGCACGUGCUGUGGAGCAGCAACGGGCUGCUGUCACCAGCGCGGGGGGCGGUGAUCCUCAACACCAAUGGCGUGCUGGACAACGCGGGGUCCAUGGUGGUGCACGUCACGGGGGGCGUGACCUCGCUGGUGGGCGCGUGGAUGGUGGGGCCUCGCAUCGGCCGCUUUGACAUCGAUGGCAAAGUCGUGCCCUUCAAGGGCCACUCCAUGGUGUUUGUGGCGGCGGGCACCAUCAUCCUGUGGACGGGCUUCUAUGGCUUCAACGGCUGCAGCGUCGACUACCUCGGGGAGGACCCGCAGGACUGGAGUGCCGAGGUGGCGCGCGUGUGUGUCAACACCACCAUCUGCGCCGCUGCUGCCGGGGUCACGGUGUGGACGCUCACGUACCGGCGGAGAGAGCCGGUGCCGGAGGACACGUUCAACGGCGUCAUCGGGGGGCUCGUGGCUGCCUGCGCCACCAGCUCCCUCGUAGAGCCCUGGGCCGCCUGCGUUGUUGGCAUGGGAGCGGGGGCGCUGUACCUGCUGGGCACGUGGGUCAUGCUUCGAUGCCAACUUGAUGACCCCGUGCAGGCGACGCCGGUGCAUCUGGUGUGCGGGUCGUGGGGCGGGGUGGCGGUGGGGUUCUUUGCGAGUCCGGCCAACAUCAGCCGCACCUACAACAUCGCCCAGCCCCUCUCCUGCGGCGUCUUCUACGGCUGCUCCGCCUGGCAGCUCCUCGUGCAGAUCCUGGGGCUGCUGAUAGUGUACGCAUGGGUGGGCGCCACGGCGCUCUUCCUCUUCUACGGGCUGCACUUCUUCGACGUGCUGCGCGUCAAGAGGCACCAGGAGGAGGUGGGGUUGGACGUGGUGUUCCACGGGGGAGACGACGCCGACGACGUCGACGGCGACCAGCACGGCCACGCGCGCCGCUUCGCCAGCCGCCGCUGGCAGCAGCUCGGCCUUUCCACCCUCUCCGCCGUGCCGCGCGGCUUCUUCAGCCCCUCACGCUGGCUGCGCGCCUCCACGCGCCUCUGCUCGCGCGACGGGCGCAGCUCAGCGGACGCGGAGGGCAUGAGUGUGCGCAAGCGGCGGGACGUGUGGCACCGAGCCCUGGACAGCACGGGGCUGGGGCAGCUAUCGCUGGCCAUGUACGAGGCCAACUACGUCAUGGAGGACGCCGUGGAGGUGGAGGCGGGGUCGGGCGGCGUGUACAUCGGCGUGCAUGAUGGGCAUGGCGGCAGUGAGACUGCUGAGUUCCUGCGCCACACGCUCUACAACAACCUCAAGAAGGAGUUUCUGCGCGGGGGAGGAGCGGUGUCGGUGGAGGCGCUGCGGCGGGGGUUUGCGGAGACGGAGAGGCAGUUCACGGCGCGCGUGAGGGACAGCUUCCUCGACUCGCCGCACCUCGCCACCGUGGGGGCGUGCUCUGCCGUCGCCAUCGUCACUCGCAGCGCCCUCUGGGUCGCCAAUGUGGGCGACUGCCGGGCUGUGCUGGGACAGGUGCGGCACACGGGGGACGGGCUGGAGUGUCGGGCGCUGCAGAUGUCGGAGGACCACAACCUGAGCUUCCAGGCCAUCCGCGACCGCUACCGCGAGGAGCACGCCGACAUGCCCGACGCCAUCACGGAGAAGCGCGGGCGCUACCGCGUGAAGGGCAAGAUCACCGUCACACGCGCCUUUGGGGACCUCUACCUCAAGUCACACGACUUCAACCGCGAGCCGCUCUUCUCGCGCUUCCGCGUCUCCGAGCCCUUCAACCCGCCGCUCAUCUCCACCGACCCGCACGUGGCCGUGCGCCUGCUGGCGCCACACGAUGCGUUCGUGGUGGUGGCGUCGGACGGGCUGUUCGAGCUGCUGAGCAACCAGGAGGUGGUGGACAUGGUGGCUGUCUCCCCGCGCAAAGACAUCGCCCGCCAGCUCAUCCGUGCCGCCCUGCGGCGCGCAGCGGAGCGCACGGAGGUGCCGUACGGGGAGCUGCUGCGCAUGGCGUCGGGGCAGCGGCGGUCGUACCACGAUGACAUCACCGUCGUUGUCUUCUUCUUUGACCAUGAUGCCAUCCGCAAAGAGGCUGCCCGCAACCAGCCACAAUGGUCCAAGGACGUGUCGCUGAAAGGGGGGGUGAGUGUGGAUGCAGCAGGGGCGGUAGUGAGCGACUUCAACGUGGUGAGCAGCGUGCAUGGCGGCACCGCUGCGCGCUCCCUGCUGGCGCGCUCCAUUGGCUCCACCAACAACCUCGCUGCCUCCUCCUCUCUCAGUGCGUCACUUGUGGAGGACUCAGUGCUGGAGAUUGAGUAG